AAUCACAUUUUCUCGCUGCACCAUUUGUCAAACCGGGUAUAUUUACGCAAUCUGCUGAUAUUAAACACAAAAUUCGGAUGUGCUGUAAGCUCUGCACUUAAAAUGGGUAAAGCAAUGUCCGUCGUUGGACGGCAGGUGCAACGAUUCAAUGUGGAAAACCGGGCACAGAAAGUGAUAUCGCAAGCAAAACCCAAACCGGCCCCAAAGUUUGAAUCCAAUCUGCGAGAUUUGGAGCGUGUGCUCAAGGAUCAUCCAGAGAUUGUCGAAGAGCAGAGUCGUAAGAAUGUUCAGUUGGAUGAAAACUUGCGCCAAGUCUACGUUACCUCAAAGGAUGUGAUGGUACGGUGGCAGAGGCUCCCUCCCUCUGUCGUUCAUGUGAUUAUCGGUUUUUAUUACAACACACGUGUGUUCUUUUUUCCGUUGCAUUUUCAGAUCGAUCCCAAGGCUGCUCAAACGCAAGACCCUGAUAAACCUCUUCCCAUAAACCGUACCACCGUGGAAGAGUACGAGUUUGGCCAUCUCGAACCGCGCACCGUCACGAAGGGCCGUUGCACGCUGCGGCAAGCGGUACAGUUUAUCGGCAACCAUCAGACCGAUCCGCAGCAGUGGACCUCGGCAAAGAUAGCGGAAUAUUACAACAUGAAGGAACCACUAGUCAAAAACAUACUCAAUCACUUCAAAUCGUUCGAGGUGCAUUUACCCGACAAAAACCUCGAACGGCGUAGGGUACUAACGCGGGCGGCAGAAGGCGCGAAACAGAUCGAAUAGGGGGAAAAAUAGAAAUAAAUCGCGAACAACAAACAAACAA